AUGGAGAAGUGUUCCAACGCCCAGGCGGCUCUCACUGCGACUGGAUCCGGCACGCGUCGACGGAGGGUGGCCGCGAUCGUCGAACUUCGUUACGAUUCGGAGCGAAACGAUCGUAAGUCCUCGGUCGGCUUCGGGGCACGCGCCUGCGGGCGGGCGGCGCCGCGGCGCCCGUGUGCCGUGCUACCCGCCUCGUACUACACAACGACGGCCAAGCCUUUCAUUAAAUUCGUU